AUUAAUCAAAGACAGUUUUGUGUAAAAGAGUCAAAUGAAUAUUUAUUUGCCAAUCCCAAUACAACAAAUAAAUCGCCAAGUGGUUAUCAUACUUUGAAAAAGUUAGCCCAAGAAUCAAAUGUUGAAAACGCAAGCCUAUUUACAUCCACAAGAUUAAGAAAACAGAUUGCCACAAUUGUCCAAGUUUUAAAUUUGAAGGAAGAAGAAAUGGAACAGUUGGCAGGGUUUAUGGGUCAUACACGUAAAACACAUGAAUCAUAUUACAGGCUCCCACAAGACAUCUAUCAAACUGCCAAGGUUUCAAAAUUAUUGCUUGCAAUUAAUAGUGGCAAGGGUUCUUUAUACAAGGGCAAACAUUUGGACGAAAUUAAUUUGUCAGAUAUAGACAUGGAUUCAGAUCCGGAAGAAGAAACUUUAGAUAAAGAAGAGAAUUCUACACAAGAGGAGGUUACACAAGGAUCAAUUUCACUAACAGAUUAUAACGUGAUUAAUAAUAAAAGAAAAAAUCAUAUUAACCAGUUGAGAAAGAAGAAGAGCAUAAUGAGGAUAAGAUGGACAGAAGACCAGAAAAUUCUAAUUAAAGAUAAUUUUAAAAAUCAUAUUAAAAAUAAAAUUGCACCUAAAAAAGAAGAAACGGAGAAUUUCUUAAAGAAACAUAAAGGACUUUUUAAUGAAAUAAAUUGGGUAAAAAUAAAAGCUUUUGUUUAUAACUGUUAUAAAUGAGUAAUACAGAAAUUUAUACUUUUAUUAAUUUUAUCUGUUGCCUUUUUAUCCUGUCAAAAAGUCUAUUAAAAGCU